AGGAGGGAAAUGGAUACCUUGUUUUAAUCUAGCUCUUCCUAACUCUUUCAGGUUUAUUGCCAAACCAUGUGCCAUAAACCUUGGCAUUCAAGACAGUGGACCUCACAGAGCCCAGCCCAAUGCAAUUUUAGAGAAAGUGUUUACAUCUAUCACUAAGUCUCCAGAUGGAAAGAGGUUAGAAGGCUUGUCAAAGCAGCUAGACUGGGAUGUUCGAAAGAUCCAGCGCUGGUUUCGUCAUCGGAGGAACCAGGACAAACCCACCACCCUCACUAAAUUUUGUGAGAGCAUGUGGAGAUUUACAUUUUAUUUAAGUAUAUUUUUUUAUGGAAUCAGGUUUCUCUGGACGGCACCCUGGUUUUGGGACACACGACAGUGCUGGUACAACUACCCUUUUCAGCCUCUAACAUCCAGGCUUUAUUAUUACUAUAUCUUGGAGCUGGCCUUCUAUUGGUCUCUCAUGUUUUCUCAGUUUACAGACAUUAAACGGAAGGACUUCCUGAUCAUGUUCGUCCAUCAUUUGGCUACAAUUGGACUCAUUACAUUCUCUUACGUGAAUAAUAUGGUGCGGGUUGGAACUCUGGUGCUGUGCCUCCAUGAUGCAUCAGAUUUCCUUUUAGAGGCUGCAAAGCUAGCCAAUUAUGCCAAGUACCAACGUCUAUGUGAUGCUUUCUUCAUGCUCUUUGGUGUCGUAUUCAUUGUUACACGGUUGGGCAUUUAUCCUUUCUGGAUUUUGAAUACAACCCUAUUUGAAAGCUGGGAGUUGAUUGGUCCUUAUCCUUCAUGGUGGCUAUUCAAUGGGCUUUUGAUAACCUUGCAGAUUUUGCAUAUCAUCUGGUCUUAUCUCAUCAUUCGCACUGCCUACAAGGCCCUCGUGCGGGGAAAGGUAUCAAAAGAUGACCGCAGUGAUGUAGAGAGCAGUUCUGAAGAGGAGGAUGUGACUUCCAACAGCACAAAAGGAGUUUUCAGCACUUCGAGUAACGGCUCCAACCGCAUUAAUGGCCACGUGGCUAGCAGCCAGUGGACAGAAGAGGAGUAAGGCUGUGGGUUGGCCUUGAGCGAACACGAACUUGUCUUUAAAUAUCUAGUUGUGUUGAGCUCCACAUUCCCAAGCGAUCUUUAAUCAAGAUACCCCUUCCCCAGAAACCUCCAGCAAAUCUGAAAUGGGCACAAUCCAGACCAGUCAGAGGCUUUGCACAACAGAAGGGAUAAAGCCGAUGACUAGGGCAAAAACAAAGCUGCAGAUUUCACUUUAAGCCAUUUUGUACUUAAAUCUUAGUCCCAUCGAUAUUUGCAGAGGUGUCUUUGUGAUAAACUGGUUUUUAUUAGGAUCAGCUCAAGACGGAAAAACUUUGGACUAGGCUGGCUGCCGACCGCAGGAGGGUUACGGUGCCAUUUCAGUG